UUACAUUAUUUUCCCUCUUUUCUACACUUUUUUUGAAUUUGUAAUCUCAAAAAAAAAAAAAACAAACAAAAAAAAAAACCUUAAAAACAGAGUUCUCUUCUACUCAAUAACACUCACUCUCUUGUUUAUGCCAUGGAAGAACAAGAAGCCGACGACCUCUUCUUCGGCUUCAACUCCGCUCCACCUCUCGUCUCUCUAACCCCAUUCACGCCCUCCUCCACCUCCACUCGCCGCCUCUCCAGCUCCUUCAUCGCGCCGACCCCUCCUGUCCCCGCGGCUCGACGACUCGCCCGGGUUUCACUCCAAGGACGGCUCCUCAACGCCGACGAGGCCAGCUCGGCUGGAGCCAUAAAGGGUGGCUUGCUCCCGGAUGAAGCCGUGGCCUGGGAGCUCUUUAGCCCCGUUCAACGCUUCCUCAUUGUUGCUGUCAUUGGGGUUGCUGUUGCUGAGUCCAAGAAGAAUGGUCUCAUUUUUCAGCUCAAAAAAUCAGUGGAAUUUAGGGAUCAAGUUUUAUCAAGCAUGCAACAAAAGUUGGACAGUUUGUGUGAGCAGCUGAGCAAUGUCAAGGACUACUCAGGAGCUGGGGACAUUGAAGUUUUUGGCUCUGACAAAAACAAGCUUGUCUCUUGUGGUUGUUCACUCUGUGAUCAACAUCAUACCCUGUUUAACAAGCUGGGAGGCAAUUCUUUCAGUAAAGGCAGCAGUGGAGAUGAGAUUCUCCAGUAUAAGAUGUCUCUCACUAAUGUUGCUGAGCAAGAGGAGCGCCGAAUGUCUGAUUUAUCAGACUGGGCUUCCAGUGUCACAUCUGCUGCUGAAAUCCAGCUGAACAACUUAGCUAUAGAACAAGACACUUACAAUCUGAAGAAGGAUUGUGAAGACAAGGAUGCCACCAUAAAAGAGCUUACCACUUUACUGCACUCAUCUGAUGUAGCUGGCUCAAAGAGAAUAUCAGAACUGGAAGACAUUAUUAAGAGGAAGAACACUAUGAUUACUCGACUGAAGAAGGACAUGAUAAUCCUCGAACAAAAGGUGGUGAGUCUUACCAGACUUCGUAGGCCAUCUUUCUCUUCUUCCUCAGAGUCACCUAGUAUACACAUUCCACCAUUGACAGACAACCUACUUUACGACCUGGACAAUACCACUAGUCCUUCUUCAUCUUCUGAUUCAGACCGAGCAGAGUCACCGGUUCCUAAAACUCCAGAGAUCCCUCCUCCAAGUUUCGAUUUUCAUUCGACAAGACAACAAAGAUCAGUGCCAGCAAAACUCUCCAUUGUGAGAACAAAAGACAAGCACUCGAAAUCUCGAUCAGUAAGCCCUCUCAAGGAGUUGUCCAUGAACCGUAAAUCAGACACAUUCUCUUCUUUGAAACAAAGGCCGUUGUUGUCAUCAAGUGGAGAAACCAAAAGGAGUAGAAGACCUCAUGUAUCGGCACACAAGGAAACUACAACCACACACAAGAGAUGGGUUUAGUUAGUUCAAUUGGGAACACAUUGCAUGCCCAAGUUGCAUUUGGAAGCCUCCUCGUUUUCGUUAUAUAUUUAUUUAUGUAUAGGUGUUAGUUUAGAUGUCAGUGAGAUUAUGUUAAUGUGGUUUACUUAGUCGUCUUAAUCAAAGCUAUAUUUAAUGGUAGAAAUUUCUCAUCAUAAUAUAAUUGUGUUUUCAUAA